AUGCUUUCUGUUACAUCGCUCCUCUUCAAUUCACCCAUUGUAUAUCCCUUCUCAUUCCGUACUAAAACAGUGGAUACAUCGCAGAAGCACGCUUUCUCGGCUGUCACGGUUCAAAUCGACCGACUGACAAGCGAGCAAUAUGAGGAGAAUGAUGUCGGUGGUAUCGUUGAUCUGAUCGAAGUCAUUCGGAUCCAGGCAUCUGGUCCUACAGAAGCAGCACGAGCUUUGCGGAAGAAGCUCAAGUACGGCAACGUACAUCGCCAAAUCCGCGCGCUUGUGAUACUAGAUGCCCUAAUCCAGAAUGCCGGUACUAGGUUCCAGAAAGCUUUCGCAGAUGAGCCACUUCUCGAGCGACUUCGCAUCCUGGCCAGGGAUGACACGGUCGAUGCGGAUGUUCGACAGAAGGCCAACGUUCUGUUUCGAGGAUGGGCUGUCGCAUACAAGGGAACGCCUGGCCUUGAACGGAUAGCAGCACUUCAUAAAGAACUUCCUCGUACCAAACGUCCUCAGCCCCAGCAAUCUCGGAUCGUGCGACAACAGGAUGCUGAAGCUGCACGUGAGCGCGAGGAGCACUCACCAUCUCCUCCCAGAAACAGGCGACCGGAGCCUCAACAUGCAUCAUCUUCAAGAACUACUACACCCGUUGUACUCGGCGCCGGUACUCCUCUUCCAACCUCGUCACUCUUCAAGAGGGAUAAGAAAGACAAGAAGAAAGGCAAGAGUCAGCCGUUCAUCCUGGAGAAGGAGAAAGGACAAAUGCUCGAGACAAUGGCAUCGGCGAACGUUGCUAGCACCAACUUGCUUAACGGGUUACAACUCAUCAAUCGUGAGCAACAGCGUGUCAGCGAUAAUCCGGAAGUUAUGCGACGUUUCGAGACCUGCAAGCAACUUCGUCGUCAAAUCUUGCGUUACAUCCAUUUGGUCGAGUCAGAGCAGUACAUUGGCGGUCUUCUCAAUGCCAAUGACGAGCUAGUUAAGGGUCUCAUGGCGUUUGAAAUCAUGGACAAGAGUAUCGACGACGACAGCGACAGCGAUAAUGAAGAGGGCAAUGUGUCUGCUGCUAUGGCCAGUAUGAAUGUGAACGAAUCGGCUCCUCCAAAACCACCCAGGCCAACGAGCAUCCCCUUGCCCCCUGCGCGUAUCGAGCCAGACAGUGAGCCAGAGGAGGAUGAUGAUGACCCAUUCGGAGACAGUAACGCUCCACCCUCUUUCUACUCUUCAUCGCACAUACUCGCAACUCCGUCAUCUCGCGACUCAACAAUCAUAACCCCUCGACCGUCAAUUACUCGUCCAUCCGACCUCUGA